GUUUUACCACGCGCCGUUUAUCUGUGUCAAAUUAAAAGUCCUGUCAAAAGAUUACAUUUUCACUUUGAGAGGUUAUGCGGUUCAAUAUCGACAGCAAAACUCGUUAAUUUUUGCACGGACCAUUGCAUGUGGAGACAAAGUUAAAGAAUAUGAACUUUAAGAACAAAACGUCGUGUUGGAUAUCAGGCUCUCCUUUGUAUUUUUAACUUGUUUACGUCGAAGCGCUAGAGUUGCUGUCGAGGGGAGAAGAUCUGUAGAUCACCUGAUGCAGCCGGGUAAGCUGCAAGCGGAUGGAUGAAUGACUGAGGCAUGCUGGAUGCUGGUUACUCUCUAAUCUAGUGGGGGGAUUCAACGUGUGUCUCCUGUUACUGCUGCGCUUCCACCUCCUGUCUCCCUCCAUCGCAGUCGGUCUCCUUCGGCCUGUUAGCGGAUGAAUGCCAAAGCCUGCGAUCUUACCGUCGCCAAAAGGACUCCAUGUCUUUCUUGGACUGUUCCUGCAUCUCCCACACUCAGGUCCAGCCCUUGGACAUAGAGGAGCGCUAUGAGGACAUCAGCCACCAGCUCCUGAGCUGUGACAGUUCUGAAUACACUCUGCAAGGGCCAGCAGGUGGCGAUGACAUCACAGGGCUGUCAGCUGAGCCAGCCCACUACCAGCUGCUGUCUGAGCUGGGGAGGGGCUUCAAUAACCUCAGCCAGGUAAACAUGGCACGCCACAUCCCCACUGGCCAGCUGGUGGCCGUCAAACAAACCAACCUGGACGAGUGCACCGAGGAGGAGCUGCUGCAGCUCAUGAACGAGGUUCUGCUGUCCAGGCUGUUCCGUCACCCCAACCUGCUGACCUCUCGCCUGGUUUUCAGCUCCUGCUGCCAGCUAUGGGUCCUCACACCGCUCAUGGCCUAUGGCUCUGCAGACACCUUACUAAGAACAUAUUUCCCAGACGGAAUGAGUGAAUCCCUGAUAGCGUACCUGCUGUACGGCGUGCUGAAAGCAUUGGAAUACCUGCACCGGAUGGGCUACGUUCACCGGGGUGUGAAGGCCAGUCAUAUCCUGCUGUCAGGGGAGGGGCGUGUCUACCUCUCAGGGCUCCACAGUGUUUACAGUAUGAUGCGUGAGGGGAAGAGGAUGAGGGCAGUUUUUGACAUGCCCCACCAUAGCCCUGCCCUGUUGCCCUGGCUCAGCCCUGAACUACUGCGACAGGACCUGCACGGUUACGGAGUAAAGUCAGAUAUCUACAGUGUAGGUAUCGUUGCCUGUGAGCUGGUCAGCGGCAGGGUGCCUUUCCAGGACAUGCCCCCCACUCAGAUGCUGCUUCAGAAGCUACGCGGCUCCCACUGCUGCCUGCUGGAUGUGGCACCGUUCCCGCUGGGAGAGCUGGGGGGGCUGAAGGUGUCCCGGUCCGGGGUAGACUCCGGCAUCGGGGAGAGCGUGGCCACCGGCAGCAUGACACACAGCGCAACCGCUCCUCCUACUGACCGACCUCAGAGCCCUGCACCCAAAAACCACUCGGCCACCCUGCACAACCUGGUCCAGCUGUGUCUGCAGCAACAGCCUGAGCGCAGACCGUCAGCAUCUACACUGUUGACCCACGCCUUCUUCAAGCAGGUGAAGAGACACACCAGAGACACCUUCCUCAGCCUCAUGUACCCAGCAGUGCCCCUCACCAGCCCCGAGGACCCGCCAAUAUCCUGCCCCCCCGCCUUAUCCUGCCACAAUCCGGCGUCAACCUCCACCGACACCUCCGAGGCUGUGUGGGACUUCUCCUAACCCCAAUUCUCUGUCCCUAAAUCUCCAAAUACUGACUAGCAAGCCAAACACAAGACAAUCGAAGCAAAGCAAUGAGGUCAAGUUCUACUGUGCUUUUAUUUUGUAUUAUUAACCCAACUCUCUGAGCCUUUUUUGAGUAGUUUUGGAGGUAUUUUAUAUGUUUGUCUGACGAAUACAUUGAGUUUGGGUCAUGGGUUGGUGACAAGACUGUGAAAGUGCUGGAUCAAAGACGCUGCUCUGCUCAUUUAUAAAGGAUCUAUGAUGACACUAUUGAACUUUCAACAACUCACAUGACUAAAGACUGAUCCGUUGAGUAAUAAUCACGCACUUCCUCUGAGAUAAAGGGCAACUAUGAGUGAAAGUCCACCCAGAAAAUACUUUGUUAAAAACAGCUAGUUGUGCUAAACAGUAUAUGUUGUUUUUACGGACAUUGUUAUCUGUAUCUGAAAUAAAUAAGUAAAUAUAAUUAAAAAGUAAAAUCCUAAUAGGUACUGACAAAAUAACCCCUGAAGUCUAAGUGACUAUGCUCAGGUGGAUUUUUCAUUUACAGUGUAAUGUAUUCAGACUGAAUAGUAAAUACUGAGAUGGCUAUGUAAAAAGAGCACAUGAGCAGUAGAAUACAUCUUGUGUCCCAUGAAGGACUUAGAAACCAUCAGCAGAAACAGUAGAUUCCCUGCCUUUGUCGUCAGUGAUUCGCCAAAAGAAUAUUUCUACUGUGCUGGGUGACCACUUCUCCAACAAUGCCUUUGUUUUAAUGAAACCUGCAUUCUGAAUAUGGUGAUCCAUCUGUAACUGUGAUUAAGUGUACUGUAUAUGAGAACUGUGAUCUACGGUACAUAUCAAACAUGGUAGCUGUAUGAGCCUUAUAUAUAUAUAUAUAUAUAUAUAUACACAUUAUAAUUAUAUAUAUAUAUAUAUAUAUAUAUAUAUAUAUACAAUAUUUGAUUUCUAAACUUACUGUUAGCCUUGUUUGAUUACCAGCUGCGACAGAGACGCUGGUAUUGUUUUCACUGUGUGUGUGUGUGUGUGUGUGUGUGUGUGUGUGUGUGUGUGUGUGUGUGUGUGUGUGUGUGUGCGCCACAGAGGCGCUUUUAAGAACUUUGCCAGCUGUUUAUAUUUUUUGUCUCUCUUUAGACAGAUUUUGUCAUUGCAAUAGUGUCACAACCAUGCAAGAUGCAGUCACUACAAGCAUUAAACUACAAGCAGUCUACUAGUAAAAGCCUCUAGUUACCUGUA